CAGAUGGGACCGCAAUCGAUGGCAUCCGAUCGAAACUACAACACUUUCUCGGCUGGAACACAAAAGAUCAAGACAAAGUGGCCAUCAAACAACGUGUGAGGGACUUUGCUCCGAUCGUUUUCUUUGACUUUGAUUUCACACUGACAGUGGUUCACGUGUUCAAAUCGCUGGCUGGUUGGGUGGAUGCUCAAGUUUGCAUGUUGGCCAUGCGUGGAAUGGUGGUUUCAGAGCCCCAUGCCCUGACUGAACGCGGUCAGUUGCGGCGCCUCUCCGAACUUGGACCAGCAUGGAUCGAGCAAGCCUUUGGUGGGUUCAGCCGGGUCACGGCCAUUCGAAAGCUCUUGGAUGGUUUGAUCAACAGCGGCUGUCAAAUUGUGUUGGUGACCCGUGGAUAUGUCGGAGUAGCACGAAAGUGUUUGCAGGAAGUGGAUUUGCUUGGAAAGUUUGAUGCUCUCUAUGGAAACAUCGGGGUAGCCUAUGGCACACGCACAGCCUAUGACAUUGAGACUGAGCAGAAUGUCACUGGCCUGUCAGAAGAAGUAGACCGUCUCUGGAGUUUGCUUGGCAAAUGGAAAGAGGGAGAAUGGGACUCAAAAACGGAGAUUGUUCAUCGAUAUCAGCAUCAGUACAUGCUCACUCGCGAGCAGGUGCUUUUUGUGGAUGAUGAUUCCCAAGAGUUGGCUCCGCUGCGUCACUCUGCCCUGACAGUUCACGCUAAAGGGAACGGCAUGGGCGAGAGGGACAUGAUGGACAUUUUGGAUUUGCUGGGUCUCCAGCAGGAAGCUUGGGCUUCUGAUUGCUAUGACUACUGGCAUGCACUUCGUGAUCCAUUGGCUAGCAAGCCCUUUGCCAUCACGAUCUUUAACCGCAAACACAUUCCAAUCAGAGCCUCUAGACAUAUUGCAAUGCUGGAAGCAGAAUUUGCAGGGAGGAAGAGUUCCCUUCGACGUUUCACCCUCUUGAUGAGAGAGCCGUUAUUAUUUUUGUCAAUUGCACAACAGGCUUAUGUCAAGCACGUAAGCCUCACAGGUGACACUCAGUUCAGUUUGAAGAGCCUUGCUCCAGUGAUUCAGGGCGUGGAGGAACACUUCGGUGUUGGCGGUUUGUUGUCGGAAAGAUCUGAUGCCUCCUUUGGCAUGUUUGGAUCCUUUGGAGACCUGCAGCUGCUGCGAGGGAAGUCUCCUGAGGUGGAGAGCGUCACCAGCAACGGCUGCAAUGGAAAAGUGGCCAUGCCAGUGGUAAGUGAGCUGGAUGAACAGGCUGAAGUUCCUGGAGUCCCAGCAAGUGCUACAGGAAAUCACUUGUAUGAAGAGCCCUUGAGCAAACACAGACCUGAGGAACCGGUGAAAACCUUGACGUCCCUCGUCCGGAUGUUCCAGCAAACUUUGCUGGGACUGUGCCCUAUCACCCUGGCAACUGCUGGAAGACAUAGAAAUACGAUUUGUUGCCAUGAGGUUCAGUCCAGCCCAGAAGAAGCUGUUUGGUGCCGCUAUCAGAAGAAGAAACAUAUUGGCGCAGGCCACUUUGGUGAGGUUUUUCAAGCGAACGAGUUGUGCACUGGUCGACCAGUAGCCGUGAAGCAUUUGGAACGUUUGGACCCAGAGGAAGAAGGUCAAGGUGAUGAGGUCAGUGUGCUACGAGCCUUGGCACAUCCCAAUCUACUUCGCAUCUUUGAAGUGGUGAAAUUUCCAGGUGAAGUGCUGAUUGUAACCGAGCUGGCAGAACAGGGUAGCCUGUCCACAUUUGCUGCUGCUGCCGCCGCUGGGUCUCAACCAGAAGGGGCUCCAUGGAUAGCAGGAGCCAUGCAGCAGAUUCUGAGCGCAGUGGCUUACUGCCAUCGGCAAUUUGUUUUGCAUGGCGACCUCAAACCUGAAAAUGUUUUGAUUGGUGGGACCAGACCUGAUGGAUCACCCUUGUGCAUCGUUUGCGACUUUGGGCACGCGACAGUUUGUUUGGGAUCAGAGCUAGUUGCCGCACCAGGUGAUCCCAGAUACAUAGCACCAGAAGUCAUUGCGAAGGAACAUCUUUGUACUCGAAGCGAUGUCUACAUGUUGGGGGUGACUGCCUUUGAGCUUCUAACCGGCGGUUGGCUGCCUUUCUUCAAUUUGAAGGCUGCAUCCUUACCAAUGUGCUAUCAGCAACUGAGUCGCGGAGGUGUCCAUGAGCGAAUUUUGUCUGAGAAAGGACUGGACUGGCGAGAUCAAGAGCGUUUGCGCAUCGCCUGCAAACCUGAGGUGCAGAGCGUGGUGCUUGGAAUGAUGGCUCGCAAUGCCCAGGACAGACCGGAAGCCGUGGAAGUUCUCCGAACAUCUUGGCUUCAAGAUGCACACGGACCAUGCAAAAGCGCGUAUGAUGCGAUGCUGAAGGCGGACGCGAACAAUGGAUGGGGCCUGUGGGUUCCUCAGCAUCCUUUGUUCGCAAAGCGCUUGGAGAAACGUGCAGGCCUGAGCUGGACAUAUCGGAUGUUGUUGAGCUUAAUUGGUUCAGGCUUGCAGUCAAAAGAACUUUUGGGUGCCAGAUUGCUAUUUCGCCGAAUGGACGAAGGAGGAAAUGGACAGUUGAACAAAAAACAAUUCUGUAAAGCUGCCAUGGCUGCCGGCCUUGACCAAGAGGUUUCUGAAGCACUUUUCGUUGCUGGGGACUUGCACUCGCAAAGCUAUUUGGAUUUCAAGAACACUGUGAUGCUAUUCUUAGACCUCGAUGCUCUUAGUGAUGAUGAGCUCCUCAGCGAGCUGCGAUUUCUGGUGACCCGGAUCUUGGGGCCUUCCAGUUGCCAUCCAGCAACCGGCCAGGUCGAUGGGACCCAUGGGAUCCAUGGGACCCCUGGGGCCGAUGCCUUUAGGCUCAGUGACUUACAGAGCAUGUUGCAUGCCCGGCCAGACGCACGGAUGGAACGAUGGGUGAAAAAUCUGAAGAAUGGCUUGGGUCCUGGUGACCAUGUUUUCACAGCAGAACUUCUUCUGAGUGUUCUACAGAAUGACUGCUUUGACAAGUUCCCACCCACUUCUGGGCCUUGAGUGGCUGACGUGCAUCUAAGAGUUGUCUAUGUUGUCUAUGACUACCUGACUCGUGACCUUUGAGCAUGUCGAAUGUCAUGCUUGCUGGGACAGCAAAGCCUUCGAGAAACUACCAGGACUCGUGACUCGUCGGUCUCGUAUCUGCUCAACCUCUGAGUUCCGUGCCGUUGGUCCAGCGGCAGCCUAUUUCAAUGAAAGGUGGCGCCAAUGUGAAAAGCUGAAUUGAACAGUACAUUAACAUUUGAAGGCACAGGUUUUUCAAGAGGAGGUUGACGAGGUUGACAUUUCGACCUUUCCAAGGUUUCUCCAUGUUUCUGUUGGCAAAAUGAUGGCAACCCGGCCCCGAAUGGGGAGAACGACUUGGCCAAUUUGGCCACGGAUCUGUAGAGGUGUAAAAACAA